AUGUCAGCGCCUGCUGUUUCAGCCGGGCAAUCCCACAAUGCAACCUUCAGGGACAAGGAAAAGCCCAUGGCUGUGCGGUCAUCUAACAUUGUCGCCGCCAGAGCUGUUGCCGAUGCUAUUCGAACUUCGCUCGGCCCUCGUGGUAUGGAUAAGAUGAUUCGAAGCGGAAAAGGAGAGACCAUCAUCACAAACGACGGCCAUACCAUGCUGAAGAGCAUGUCGGUAAUGCAUCCCACAGCCAAGAUGCUUGUAAACCUGGCCGGAGCUCAGGAUGUUGAGGCCGGCGACGGCACAACGUCUGUGGUUGUUAUUUGUGGUAGUUUGCUUGGUGCUGCAGACCGACUUCUGUCAAAGGGCAUCCACCCCUCAGUCAUUUCCGAAUCCUUUCAGAGGGCCUCUGCUGCCGCUGUCGAAGUUUUGCAUGACAUGUCCCAGCCAAUCACUCUUAGCGACACCUCGGCUUUACUCCAGGCUGCCAACACCUCACUCUCCUCCAAGAUCGUUUCCCAAUACUCGAACCUCCUUGGCCCCAUGGCUGUCAAUGCCGUGACCAAGGUCAUCGAUGUCAAGACGGCCGACAACGUGGACCUUAGAAGUAUCCGGAUUGUGAAGAAGGUUGGAGGCACAAUCGAAGAUAGCGAGCUUGUCCCUGGACUCGUCCUAAACCAGCCCGUUCUGAAGAACGCUGGAGGGCCUAGCCGCAUGGAAAAGGCACGCAUCGGUCUGAUCCAGUUCCAGCUGAGCCCGCCCAAGCCUGAUAUGGAGAACACUAUUCAAGUCAACGACUAUCGACAAAUGGAUAAGAUUGUCAAGGAGGAGCGUCUGUAUCUCCUCAACAUGGCGAAAAAGAUCAAGAAGGCCAAGUGCAACGUACUUCUUAUCCAAAAGUCGAUUUUGCGGGAUGCAGUCAACGACCUCUCCUUGCAUUUCUUGGCCAAACUCGGCAUCUUGGCCAUCAAGGACAUUGAGCGCGACGAAGUCGAGUUCAUCUGCAAGUCAACAGGUUGCAAACCUAUUGCAGAUAUUGAUUCUUUCACCGAGGAUAAGCUGGGCUACGCGGAGUUGGUCGAGGAAGCUGAGUCGUCUGGAUCACGCAUGGUCAAGGUUACGGGUGCCAAGGCCACUGGGAAGACGGUGUCUGUGGUUGUCAGGGGAGCCAACUCGCUAAUCCUCGAAGAAGCCGAGAGAAGUCUACACGAUGCUCUUUGCGUAAUGCGCUGCUUGGUCAAGAAGAAGGCUCUCAUUGCAGGUGGUGGUGCCGCCGAGAUUGAGAUUGCCGCCCAGCUGUCUAAACAAGCUCGUAGCCUGACGGGCACAGAGGCCAUCUGCUGGAAGGCCUUUGCAGACGCCAUGGAGGUGGUACCCACCACCCUGGCCGAGAAUGCUGGCUUGAACAGCAUAAAGGUGGUUACCGACCUGAGGCACCGACACGAGAUGGGAGAGAAGAAUGCCGGGGUCAGCAUCAAGUCAGGUGGCGUCAACACAAACAUUUCCAAGGAGAACGUGCUGCAGCCAUUGCUUGUGAGCACGAGUGCUAUUGAGCUGGCAGCUGAGACGGUGAAGAUGAUUUUGAGGAUAGACGACAUUGCCCUGACGCGAUGA